GGAGGAGCGCAGACUCACAACUGAAUUAUUGAAAAUACGUAUCAACCCUAUAUAGCGCCCAAGGCGCUAUUCUUUGACAGUGACACGUCAUCCUUGCUGGGCGCUUUUUAAGGUUGAUACAUAUUUUCAAGAAAUCAGUUCGGAGUCGGCGCUCGUCUGUCUCUGCUUUCUUUAACUGUGUCCUGUCCCGCCGCGCAGUGUGUUAGAUUUUGCACCAACUCGGCCAACUUUCAACGCUAAUAAGGAUACGCAAGCUUGCGAAUCUAACCUUAUUGUGGCUUGCUUUUCAGGCAACGAACCAGGAUGGUGGCCCUUGGUCAGAACAUCCUACUCUUACUGUGCCUAAUUUGUGUCAUAUCCUUCUUACAAGGGCCGACGCACGUAGAUGCGGUAAUUGGCCCAGAUGGUAACCCGGUAUACGCAAAGUUGAACUUAAAACCCGGACCAACACACAAGCCGGGACUUGGAACACUGUACACGCCAGUUAGAGGCAUGGGUC